AUGGCAAGCACAAUCUUACCCCUCGAACUUGUCGAUCGAUGUAUCGGAUCACCGAUAUGGGUGCUCAUGAAGAAUGAGAGGGAGUUCACGGGGACCUUGAUGGGUUUUGAUGACUAUGUUAAUAUGGUAUUAAAGGAUGUGAAAGAGUACGAGGUCACCCCGGAAGGUAUAACAGAAACUGAAUUAGGUCAGACAUUGCUGAACGGAAACAACAUAGCAAUGCUCAUACCGGGUGGGCAAGGACCUAAAGCGUAA